AUGAGGUCCCUGUGGCUCUGCUGGGCGCUCUGGGUGCUGCCCCUGGUGGGCCCUGGGGAGGCCGUGACCGAGGAGCGGAUCCUGAGCAGCCUGCUGCAGCAGCUGCACCUCCAAGAGGUGCCCGUCCUGGAUGAGAGCGACGUGGAGGAGCUGGUCACCCCUGCCCACGUGAGGGCCCAGUACGUGGCCCUGCUGAGGCGCAGCCAUGGAGCCCCCUCCCGAGGGAAGAGGUUCAGCCAGAACUUCCGAGAGGUGGCUGGCAGGUUCCUGGUGUCCGAGGCCUCCACACUCCUGCUGGUGUUCAGCAUGGAGCAGCGGCUGCCCCCCAACAGCGAGCUGGUGCAGGCGGUGCUGCACCUCUUCCAGGAGCCGGUCCCCGAGUCCGCGCUCCACAUGCAUGCGCUGCUCUCUCCGCGCAGCGACCGAGCCCAGGUCACCAUCCAGUGGCUGCAGGUCCGGGAUGAUGGCUCCAACCGCACGUUCCUCAUCGACUCCAGAGCCGUGUCCAUCCGUGAGAGCGGCUGGAAAACCUUCGAUGUGACCGAAGCCGUGAACUUCUGGCAGCAGCUGAGCCGGCCCCGGGAGCCCCUGCUGCUGCAGGUGUUGGUGCAGAGGGAGCACCCGGGCGGGCUGGCCUCCAGCACCUACAAGCUGGUCCGCUUCGCCUCCCAGGGCCCAUCGGGCACCUGGCAGGGCGAGCCGCAGCUGGAGCUGCGCACCCUGGACCUCGGAGAGUUCGGAGCUCAGGGCAACUGCGACCCCGAGGCGCCCGUGAGCCAGGGCACCCGCUGCUGCCGCCAGGAGACGUACAUCGACCUGCAGGGGAUGAAGUGGGCUGAGAACUGGGUCCUGGAGCCCCCGGGCUUCCUGGCCUACGAGUGUGUGGGCACCUGCCGGCAGCCCCCGGAGACCCUGACCUCCAAGUGGCCGCUUCUGGGGCCAAGAGAGUGCAUCGCCUCAGAGACGGCCUCGCUGCCCGUGAUCGUCAGCAUGGAGGAAGGAGGCCGGCGCCGGCCCCAGGUGGUCAGCCUGCCCAACAUGAGGGUGCAGAGGUGCAGCUGCGCCUCGGACGGGGCGCCCGUGCCCCGGAAGCUGGAGCCGUAG